AUGAAUAAAAGUAGUGCUGCUGCUGCUACUGCCGCGGUAGAGACCGUCAACCCGCAGGAUGUCUAUACCGUGAUGUGCGCCGCCGCCUCGCAGGACCCGAUCGAGAUGCAGAGAGCGUCGACGAGCCUGAUCCUGCUGCUCGAAAAGUUCGGAACGUAUGACGCGCUCCAGGAGAUCGCCGCGACCAAGUCCGUGCCUUUACCCGUCCGGCAGCAGAGCAUGAUCCAAUUCAAAAACGCCGUGAACAACCACUGGAGAUCUCGCAAAUACCUAUCAGACGAACAUCGAGUGCGGAUCCGUCAGAGAUGUUUGACAGCGUUCCUGACAGAAGAAGACGAUAUGAUCGCCGACACCAACGAAGUCGUCGUGCAAAAGAUCGCGCGCGCCGAUUUUCCACGAAACUGGCCCAACCUGAUCACGGACCUAGCGAACGUCGUCGCUCAAAACAUGCACGUCAGAUACUCGUCCUCCGCCUCGGACCCGGUCGUGUACCUCGCUCUUCGACGGAGCCUGAGCAUGGUGAACAAGGUCCUGAAGGAGAUCGCCUCUGGCAAGCUCCCGCAGCACCACCGCGCGAUGACCCAGAUCGUCACGGAAGUGCACCAACCGUUCCUCGCGCACUACUCCGCCGCCUCCGCCCACUUCGGCUCGGCCCUGACCGCGACCGGCAUCGGCCUGCCGCGCACGCUCCAAGACCUCACCCUCGCCCACCUGAUCUUCAAAUGCCUCGUGAAGAUGACCGCAUGGGUGUGGAACCGGCCCGGCAGCCCGUCCGACGAGCUCGCGCGCUUACACGCUUCGUUCUUCUCCAGCGCCGCGCGCCGCCUCCAGGAGCUCUCCGAAACGCGCAUCGCGCUCGUCGGCGCGCUCGCCCCGGCCCCGAACGCGAACGCGGCGCGCGCCGCCGUCGACCGCCUCACGAGGCACGUCCGGUUGUUCGGCAAGUGCUUCCGCCGGUUCCAGCAGCUCGGCGCGCAGCGGUUCAUCGGCCUGCCGUACUGCAACGACCUCGUGCUCUACUACUGGAGCAAGGUCGUCCAGGCGGCGAACGGACCCCCGGAACUGAUCGCCGACUCGAACGAGGCCGUGUUUCCCGUCCGGUUCCUCGUGCAGGCCAUGGUCCUCUUCAAGGGUAACCUCUCGGAGUGGACCCCGGUCAAACGCAACGGCACGCCCAACGAACACGUGUUGUCACAGCAGUUCGUGGAGGACGCGGUGCGGCUGCUCGUGACGCAGUACAUCCCGCUCAAGCCGGCCGAUCUCGAGGGCUGGCUGGCCGACCCGGAACAGUGGGUGAACGACGAGGACAAGGAGACGGAUUAUUGGGAGUACGAGCUCAGGCCGUGCGCCGAGCGUGUGCUCCUGACGCUGGCCAACCAGUACAAGCAAUACGUGGUGCCCAUGCUGCAGACGACGUUCAACCAAGUGAUCGCGACCCCCACCCCCGACCUCCCCAGCAUCAUCCAGAAGGAAGCCGUGUACUGCGCGAUCGGCCGCUGCGCCCACCGCCUACGAGACGUGAUCCCCUUCGGCCAGUGGCUCGAGCAGUCCCUCCUCCCCGAUUCCCGAGACACGAACCCAAAUUAUCCGAUCAUCAAGCGCCGCAUCGCGUGGGUCAUCGGCAAGUUCGUCGCGGACCAGUGCGUGCCCGCGAAGGACCCCAAGAUCUGGGACGUCCUCGUUCACCUCCUCGAGGACCGCCAGGCGGGCACGGACAGCGUCGUGCGCCUCACCGCGGCGAUCGCCAUACAGGAAGCGGUCGAUAGCAUCGACUUUGACCCGAACGUGUUCGAGCCGUAUUUGCAGACGGCGGUGACGGAGCUGCUUCGCUUGACGUCGGAGGUGGACAGCCUCGAGAGUAAGCGGCGCGUGGCGCAGAGCUUGAACGUGGUGAUCGAGCGCGUUGAGGAGCGGAUCGUGCCUCUCAUAUCUAUGAUCACGGCACCGUUACCGGCACUUUGGAACGAGUCCGCGUCGGACUGGCUUUUUAAGACCUCCCUUCUCUUGACUGUGACGAAGUUGAUCGAGUCCGCCAAGGCGCAAUCGACCCCGUUGGCGCCCCUCGUAGUACCCUUGAUCCAAGAAUGUUUCUCGGUUCCGGAAACCCGGUUGCAUCUUGAGGAAGACGCGCUCGUGCUGAUGCAGGCCGCGCUGUCGAAUACGCUCACGAUCCAGAGCAUGAACGGCGCUCCGGCGCUCAUCGACCUCUUCCCGAUUCUGAUACCCUACAUCGCCGGCGACAUACAUAUCCUCGGCCGGGUGACCAACCUCAUCGAAUCCUACUUUGUCGCCGACGCGCCCGCGAUUCUCCAGGGGUACGGGACGGAACUGUUCCAGGCGUUCCGUGAGGGCCUCGCCGGGCACGCGACGACGCUCAACAAGCGUGACAUGGUCGCCGCGCUCGCGCUCCUCACGCAGUUCUCGCAAUCGGCACAGUGGGGUCCUCCCAUGCACGCCUCCGGCCUCUUUGCGUACAUCCUGGAGCAGCUCGUCGACGAAGAAGCCAACACCACGCUCGCGGUGGAGUACGUGUACCUCGUGGCGCGCAUGGUGCUGAGCGACGUGCGCAUGUUCGAGCAGCUCAUGUCCGCCACCGCCGCGUCGCUCAACGCCCCGAACCGGACCGAAUCGCACCUCUACGACGCGCUCGUCGGGCAGUGGUGGAACAAGUUCGACAACAUAUCCGAACCGAGGUACCGCAAGCUGUCCGCGAUGGGGAUCGCCGUGCUCGUCGCGACCGGACGCCCGGAGGUGCUGGACCACCUCGCGUUCGAGAUCUUCAACCUCUGGCUGGACGUGUUUGGCGAGAUCAAGGAGGGGCAGCAGGUCGCCUCGCUCGACAGCGAAUCCAGUCACCCGGUACUGUACUGGGACCAGGACGCGAUGCCGUUCUCGUACGUCGGCGCCGCGCCCGAGGGUUCGCCCGAGUACGAACGACGCAAGGCCGUAUACGAUUCCGACGUCGUGCGGACCACGCAGUUGACGCCGUUCGUCGCGGAGCGCCUGCGCGAGGCCGAGGCCGCGUGCGGCGGGACGCAGAUCAUGCAGACGCGGUACUUGGUCAAGGCGGAUCCGACGGUGCUGAAGCAGAUCCAGGACGAGCUCAUGGGGCUGCGGCCUUAG